GUCAACGGUCACAACUAUGUCUGUAGUAUAUGAUGAUUUUCAGCUAUUAGGAGAGGCGGACGAUGACGAAGAGGGUAAAAUAUUAACUACGCACGAACUGAGAAAAUAUCUCAAGGCUCUUUGUGUCAGAAAAAAUACACGUCCGACGCUCAACAGCACUAAGCCGUCAACGCUUCUCUGUACCUUCUGUCUCCAGGCCCUCAGGAUUAUGAUCAUCACGACCAGUAUCGGGCAGAGGCUAUUGCCCAACCUACCAGCCGACCCCGCGUUUCCCCGCAUUUCAGAUACUAUCACCAAUAUCUGUUCCUCAUGACCGACUCCACGAGCCCGCAUCGAUAUUUAUUAUAUCUCAUGAUUCUUGUCUGCGCGCGAAAAAAAGCUGUUCUACUUCUAUCUGUAUAAUUUCUGUCAUCAUCAUUAUACACCAAAGACCUUGCCAAUGACUAGCUCAGAUACCAACCUGCCUGUGGAGGCGAAACCUGCUGCGGAGGCUCACAUGGAGCACGCAGACGAUGGCAAUGACAUUCCGAGCUCGGACGCAAACGCAGAGGCUACUGCUGAUGAUGAUGAGCCAGAGGAAAAAUUCAGGCUUUCUCUGCAGCAUAUACUGGCUAUCAUAUCGUUCCAGUUUGGCUAUAUGUCUGACGUAUUCAUUCUGACUAUGUCGUCGAGUAUUCUUCUCCAAAUCAACGAAGACAUCGGCCCGUCUACCGACUACACUUGGAUGGCCAACUCGAUGACGUUGUCGGCUGCCGUUCUGUCACCCUUCGUCGGUCGCUUGAGCGACAUCUUUGGUCGCAGAAACUUCCUGCUUUUCGGAAAUAUCCUAUCAGUCAUAGGAUGCGUGAUGUCAGCCACAGCCAAGAGAGUGGACAUCGUGAUCGGAGGCGCUGUUUUCAUAGGCGCCGGCUCGUCGAUGCAUCAGAUAGCGUGGUCUGCUUUGAGUGAGAUGGUCCCGCGCAAAUCUCGCUCGGUCGCGCUGGGAUUCUUCAUGAUGUCAAUUUCUGCUUCAACCGCGUUUGGUGCUCUAAUCGCGUAUGCUAUGGUACAACAUACUACAUGGCGAGAUACCUACUGGUUUGCAUUCUCACUUAAUGCAGCGGCCUCUGUUCUUGUGUUUUUCUUCUACAAGACUUCUCAAAAAGGCAUCAGAGACGAGGGACUUACUACCUGGCAGAGCGUCAAGCAGCUUGACUUUAUUGGCUUUUUUUUAUUUCUCUCCGGACUUGUCCUGUUCCAGCUCGGGAUCUCUUUUGGGGGAAACAAGUUUCCAUGGAAAUCAGCCGGAACUCUGGCCCCUAUGAUUAUUGGUCUUGUCCUCUUGAUCGCCCUGGGAGUGUGGGAAGCGUACACUACCUGCCCUUAUCCACUGUUUCCCAGGGUCGUAUUAAAGAAAGUCAGAGGAUUUACGGUCGUCAUCGCCGUUGUCUUUUUGGUCGGCAUGGUGUACUAUUCCACCGCAAUUCUGUGGCCUCAGCAGGUUGAGAGACUGUACACCACAGAUUAUGUCGGGAUCGGCCUCUAUUCUUGCACGCUCAGUCUUUCUGGUGCAAUCUUUGGUCCGGUGUCUGGAUACGUUUUUGUGAAGUUUAAGCAUGCGCGAAUCCUCUUCACUGUCUUGGUCACCGGAGUAACGAUCUGUUCAGGUGCUCAGGCUGUUGUCUCUCCUACGUCCUACGUCGGAUCUACGAUUUUAGUGGCAGUCAUAGGUGCGCUGAUUUCGAGCAUCACGAUCAUCUCUACGACAAUGGCUCAAUUGGGAGUCCCACAUGAGUACAUCGGCGUUGCAAGUGGACUUGCCAUCACGUCCCGAUCUGUGGGUGGAACUGUCGCUACUGUAGUCUACACUACAGUCCUUCAAAACGACGUUUCCAGCAGAAUAGGUACAGUUGUCGGUACUGCUCUCGCAAAGGCUGGCCUACCCACCGAUGAGAUCGUGAAUGUGCUAUAUGCUCUUGUCGAAGGCGAUCAAUCGGCGCUGGCUUCCAUUAGUCCCAAUAUUCUUGCUGCUGGGGAGUAUGCCUUGAAGCUGACGUACGCGCAUGCUUUCAAAAUGGUUUAUCUGGUAUCAAUUGCCUUUGGUGGUGUUGGUAUGAUCUGUGCUGCUUUUUCGAUGGACGUCGAUCAUCUCUUGACGUCGCAAGUGGAUGUUACUAUGGAGCAUGCUAAUGCACCAAAGGAGAGCCGUACGGAAGACUUAGAAGCCGAGAAGGUGUAGUUUCCGCUGUCUUACUGAAUAUAUUGUAUCUCCUUGCUAUCUGUAUAUGAGUAAUUACUUUGAACUAGAGUACAACUCAAAUUUAAACGGCAAAUGUUAUUAUACUAUAAUCGAUUUCUAUAUGCCUAUCAAGUACAUGAACGGAGAUCUACAGAAAGAUAUA